AUGAAGAUAUCGGCGAGGGGGGACCCCAACAAGUAUUGCAGGUUCCACCGGCUGAAGGGGCACGACAUAGACGAAUGCAUCUUCCUGAAAAGACAAAGUGAGGAGCUCAUCCAAAUGGGUUACCUCGGCCAAUUCAUUAAGAAGCCCGGCCAGGCGCAUGGCCAGAAGCAGGGCAAUGUCUGGAGAAAGGGGAGAGGCCAGACACCAUCCACCUCGGCACCCCGGAAGAGGGACCACGACCACAGCUCUGAGGAGGAGGAGAAGACAACAGAGGACUCCCAACCCCCGAAGAAACGUGCCAUUUUCCUCAUCUUUGUGGGGCCCAAGAGAGGAGACUCGCCAACCGAGAGGAAGAGGUGGGCGCGAAGCUUGUACGUGGGGGAGGUCACACGAACACCCCACGAGAAAAAACCAAAGAGAGAGCCCAUCACGUUCACCGACGCCGACCUACCCGACGGUCCUCUCCCCCACCGAGACGCCCUGGUGGUCAAGUUGGACAUCAACGACGUGGUGGUGCACCGUGUGCUCGUAGACACGGGUAGCUCCAUCAACGUCAUGUACCACGACACGUUCACCCGGCUGGGACUCUCGAGAGGGCAGCAGGAGCAGGUACGGACCCCCCUCUCCGGGUUCACGGGGGACUCAAUCGAGACAGAAGGGUCGAUCACUUUGGAGGUGGAGAUAGGCACCCCACCUCACACCAAGAGGUGGGAGGUCGAGUUCGUAGUCGUUAAGAUCAAUUGCGCCCACAACAUUAUACUCAGUCGACCCGCCCUGGAGGACCUCAGGUGCGUGAUUUCCAUGGAGCACCUGUGUCUCAAGUUCCCGACACCAGUCGGGGUCGGGGUCGCCCGGGGGGACCAAAAGGUAAGCCGCAGCUGCUACUUGAAGGCGUGUCGUCAAAUUGGUCAAAAGGACCUCCAGGUCCUUACCAUCGCCGAGAAGGCAUUUUGA